AUGGCUGAGAAAUUGUUGAAAGCAUCAAAAGCUGGAAGACUAGAAGAAGUUCAAUCACUAUUAAAACAGAAAGUUAAUGUCAAUGCAACUGGUAGAUGGGGCAAUACAGCGUUGAUAUGGGCAUCGCACAAAGGUCAUCUUGAAAUUGUUCAAGAACUGCUUCAAAAUAAAGCAGACGUGAAUAUGGUUGGUACAUUUGACGACACAGCAUUGACUUUGGCAUCAAUCAAUGGUCAUUUAGAAAUUGUUCAAGAACUGCUGAAAAAUAAAGCAGAUGUGAAGAUUGUUAAUCAAAGUGGCAACACAGCAUUGAUUUUGGCAUCAUGGCACGGUCAUCUUGAAAUUGUUCAAGAACUGCUUCAAAAUGAAGCAGAUGUGAAUAUUGUUAAUCAAAGUGGCGACACAGCAUUGAUUUGGGCAUCAAUGAAAGGUCAUCUUAAAAUUGUUCAAGAACUGCUGAAAAAUAAAGCAGAUGUCUAUAUUGUUAACAAGCAUAACCACACCGCAUUGACGUUGGCAAAGGAUCGAGGAUAUUCUAGUAUUACACAAGAACUUAUAUAUAACAAAGAAGGCCAUCUGAUAGAAAUCUCAUUAAAAAAUUAUUCAGAAUUAUGGACAUCACUGCAAAUCCAUCUUAAUUUUAUGCAACAAUUGUUACAAAAUACAAGUGACGUUGAGACAAUUGAUAAAACAGGCUAUAACAUGUUAUCAACGGAGGCAUCUCAAGUUCACCUUCAAAUUGUUGAUAAAAUAUCAAACUACAAUCAAGGCGAGAAAAUACCAACACACCACCAUACCACGUUCAUCAACUACAUAAAUCACAACUAUCUUGUCCUCGUGCAAGCUUUUGAGAGAAUCAUGUCAAAUUAA